AUGUCGGGCGGAGACCAUACCGAUGUGGAGAAGGGUCUUGACCCUUUGGCAGGUGUUGCUGUCGCUGAUCCCGGUGUCUACGCCGGUGAACACGAUUCUGCGCUGCCUUCCGAUGGCGCCUGGGCGAGAUUUGAUGCUUACAACAAGAAGUUGGAGCGCAAGUUGGGCAUCGAAAGUCGAGGUAUCGAGCGUGUACCAGAGUCCGCGAGACCCGACAAGCACCUCUGGGGCAACACCAUGAUCUGGCUCUCAGCGAAUACCGUCUUACCGACUUUUGGUAUCGGUAUUCUUGGACCCCUCCUCUUCUACAUGGGGCUCGGAGACUCGAUGCUCACUAUCCUCUUCUUCAACCUCGUUACAGCCUGCAUUCCAGCUUACAUGUCGACGUUUGGACCCGCUCUUGGACUCCGUCAGAUGACUUCGUCCCGAUUCUCCUGGGGUUUCUACGGUGCCAAAUUUGUUGCUUUACUCAACUGUAUCGCUUGUGUCGGAUGGUCUAUCAUCAACACCAUUGCGGGAGCUCAAACGCUCGAAGCCGUCGCAGAGUACAAGAUCUCGGCCGCCGCAGGUGUCGUCAUCAUCGCACUUGUCACCUUGGUCUUGGGUCUCUUCGGGUACAAGUUGGUCCACCGAUUCGAGAGAUUCGCCUGGAUACCUAGUUUGGUCUCCUUCCUUGUUCUCUUGGGAGUCUCUGCCAAGCACCUUGUCAAUGUCCCAAUGCCUGUCGGCCGAGCCGAGGCGGCGAGCGUCCUCUCAUUCGGAGGAGUCAUCUUCGGUUUCGCUGUGGGCUGGUCAAGUCUGAGUUCCGACUACAAUGUCUACAUGCCCGCCGAAUCGAACAAGUGGAAAGUCUUCAUGUGGACCUACAUCGGUCUCAUUUUCCCUCUUGUCCUCGUUCAGUGGCUUGGAGCCGCCGUCGGAGCCGCGGCCAUGGUCAACACUGACUGGAUGGCGGCGUACACUGCCAAUGAGCUUGGUGGUCUUCUCCACGCCGUCCUCGUCCCUGCCAUCGGUGGCGGUGGAAAGUUCUUCAUGGUCAUCUUAGUGCUCUCUGUGGUCGCCAACAACAUCAUCAACGUUUACUCUUACGGGCUCAGUCUCAGUGUUAUCUCGAUUUACCUCGCUGCUGUGCCUAGACUCGUCUGGCCGUGCGUCAUUACUGCGAUCUACAUUCCCCUCGCUAUUGUCGGAGCCAAUCACUUUGCGGCGACCUUGGAAGACUUUAUGAACGUACUCGGCUACUGGUUGGCCAUCUACUGCACUGUCGUACUUGAAGAACAUUUCAUCUUCCGUAAAGGCGAUCACGCAAAUUACAACGCUGCUGAGACCUGGAACCGGAAAUCUCUCCUCCCAGUCGGCUAUGCAGCUGCCGCAUCGAUGUGUUUCGGCGCUGCAGGCGCUGCAGUCGGUAUGGCUCAAGUCUGGUGGACUGGACCUAUCGGAAAAGCUGUUGGUGGCCCAUACGGUGGAGAUCUCGGAUUCGAGCUUGCUGGUGCUUUCACUGCAGUCACAUUCCCCAUCUUUAGAUACUUUGAGAGAAAGUACAUUAGGUAG